AUGUCUGACGUCGCCGAAACCAAGCCCGACCCCACCACCGUCGCUGAGGAGACCAAGCCCGAGACCACCACCGCCACCGGUGAGGGCGAGAAGUCCGUCGCUGAGACUGCCACUGAAACCGCCAAGGAGGCUGUUGACACUGCCAAGGAUGCUGCUGUGAAGACCUCUGAUAGCGUUUUCUCUAUGUUUGGUGGCGGCCCCAAGAAGGAAAAGAAGGAAGAGGCCGAGGAGCCCACCGAUGAGCCCUCCGGCUCGUCUAAGGCCAAGAAGGCCGAUGAGGAAGAGGAGCAGGUUGAGGAGUCCGUCGAUGUUCACUUCGAGCCCGUCAUCCGCCUGACCGAGAAGGUUGAGACCAAGACCAACGAGGAGCUUGAGGAGCAGACCUUCAAGAUGCGCGCCAAGCUGUUCCGGUUCGACCGCGAGUCCAAGGAGUGGAAGGAGCGUGGUACCGGUGAUGUGCGUCUGCUUAAGCACAAGGAGAACGAGAAGACCCGCCUGGUCAUGCGCCGUGAUAAGACCCUCAAGGUCUGCGCCAACCACUACAUCGUCCCCGACAUGAAGCUCAGUGCCAACGUUGGCUCUGACCGUAGCUGGGUCUGGAACGCCGCUGCCGACGUUUCCGAGGGUGAGCCCGAGGCUCAGACCCUGGCCAUCCGUUUCGCCAACAGCGAGAACGCCAACGCCUUCAAGGAAGCCUUCGAGAAGGCCCAGGAGGAGAACGAGAAGCUCUUCAAUGCGACUAAGACCGAGCAGGAGGAGUAA